AUGCAAUUGACAAGCUCUGUUAUUGCCGCUCUUGGCUUUGCCAUCACUGCAGCGGCUGAUGUCAUCUGCUUCCCCCAACCUAGUCAGAAUAUCACUCUUCCUCAAUCUAUUCUUGACCUCGAUACUUCGGUGAAGCUCAAUUGGGCUACUACUCUAUGCGACCAGCUUACUUUCCCAGCUGAUGGAGUGGAAACCGCCUUGACUCCCCUUGAAGAUGGCAUUGAAGCCCCAGAAGAUGGACAUAUCUACGGUGUGGAACUAAAUGUCCAGGAGAUUCGGACUCUAGACAACUGCAUUGUUAAUGCAAAAUCUAUUUUCAGCGGCGCCUGCCCAGGUGGAGCUCUCUUGACUCUCGCUGGCCCUCUCACACAGUUUGCAAUUAUUGCCAAGCUCAACUAA